AUGGUCUCCGAUCAACCAGUUACCAACAAAAUCAUCGUCAACGCCGCCGAGCAGGACGAGCUCAUCGAUGCUGUCAGCGUCUUUCAAUCCAACAGGGCCGAGGUCAAACGCAGGGUGAUCUUGGAUCUCAAGAAGGGACAAAACCACGUUCAUGUCGAGCGCCUUCCCUCUUGCCUGAACGGUGACUCUAUACGCGUUGAUGGAACUGGGUCUGCUGUCAUUUUCGACGUCGUCUAUCACGCCCCACCAUACGGUCGCUUCAACCCCUCUGACGAAUCGGUUACCAACGCUCAGCGCGCUUUGGAGGCUCUACAGAAAGAACGCGAUAUCGCUCGCCAACAAUCCGAAUUUCUGGGGUCAUAUGGCAAAACCCUAGACAGCAAGAGCGUGAGCAUCGGCGAUGUUGAGCGGUUCCUGGAUAUGUUUGGACCACGGCAGAUGGCAGUCGAGAAACGGAUUCGCGAGCUAGAUUUACAAGUCGAAAAUGCCGAGCAAGAGUUGAAUGCUGCUCGAAGUAAAGUGUAUGAAGAUAGGCAAGGAGAGAAGAGAGGAACGAGGGUGACGGUCACUGUGCUCGCCGAGGCGGACGGCAAGGCAGAACUCAUGAUGACGUAUGUGGUAACGAACGCAAGCUGGACCCCGUUGUAUGACAUCAGGGCAUCUAUUGCCAAAUCUCCAGAUGCGGUUUCGAAGAUUGCGUUGCACUAUCGUGCAUCAAUUACUCAGACCACAGCAUCACCCCAACUGGGGAGCACAGUGCCAACUUUAUCAACCUGGAAAAUAGGGUUUCCGCAACCAACUGUGACUCGUGUUAUGCGAAUGAGAUCCAUGUCUUAUUCUCCCCAAAGUGUGGUUAGGGUGGAAGAACGGGAAGAAUCUGACGACGACAUGGGGUUCGGCCUAUUUGACGGUGGUGGUCCCCAAGCACCAGCGAUGAUGUCUCGUCAAGCUCACGUCGUCUCCGCUGGAGUGCUGAGCGCCACAUUUGGUAUUCCUGGAAGAAGCGAUAUUCCUAGCGACGAGGGCAGCCAUAAAGUAGUCGUAGCAGUACUUGACCUAGAUGCCGACCUCGAGUGGGUAUGCGUACCAAGAGAGAAAGAAAGCGUAUUCCUGAUCUGCAAAGUGGUGAACUCGAGCGAGUUUACCUUGCUUCCCGGAGAAGCAAGCGUAUUUAUGGAUGACAACUUCGUAUCUAAGAGCCAGAUUGAUCAUGUCUCACCAAACGACUCAUUCAAGACCUCGUUGGGCACCGAUUCGAGCCUACGAGUCACAUAUCCCUCAGCCAAGACUCUCAACCGCACAUCAACUCACUCCGGCUUUUCGUUCCUUGCUCGCGAGAGGCAGUCUAUAUCAGCCCAAUCUCAACGUAUCACCAUCCGUAACUCGCGCUUGAUGAGUGUAUCUAAUUUACGUGUGAUUGAUCACGUACCUGUGAGCACGGAUGCAAAACUGAGGGUGAACGUGAUUACACCCAAUGGGUUGGACGCACAUCAAGCCCCUGGUUCGCCUACCAGUCCAGUACCGGAGAGGAACAAAGAAAAAGAGCUACCUUGGGCGAACGUGCGGAAGGGAGUAAAAGCACGGUGGGCACCGUUGGAUGUGGGCGGGGAAGGUACAGUCGAGUGGCAGUGCGAGAUUGGUGCGAGCGAAGAGGUAGAACUCGAGCUUGCGUGGGAGGUAUCGGCCCCGGCCGGACAAAAUUGGCAAAAUUUGUGA